AUACAGGCGCGCAAUGAAUUCGGUUGUGGCUUAAGUAUCCGACGAUCCUUUCGCUUUGCAAACGAAAAGCAGGAAGCAGAUAUAAUGGCGGCUUCAUUUGCGUCACAGUUUCGAGACGACCCCCGCCCAAGUGCAGCUGUAAAGACCGAGCCAAUGCGCAGAAAGACUGUGGUAAAGGUCAUGGAGGACUCGAUUGAAGUCAUCCUACAGGAUCCUGGCAGGGUCCUGCCCACCAGUGUGCCCCAUCCGGUCUUCUCUGCCUGCACGGGGGUUCUGCUCACGGGUUUCUACGGCGUGUGGACCCUCUUUGCUGUGCCUGGCUUUCGCAAGGUCCCCUGGAGACUAAAGGUUCCCUACUUGCCUUCAAGUACGGCUCAGACUCAGAACAUUAUGAUGCUUCUGCAGGGAAGAACAGGUCGCUUGGCUGACCUGGGAUCAGGAGAUGGAAGGCUGGUAUUUGCUGCUGCUGCGAAGGGAUUCAAGUGCACUGGCUUUGAAAUCAACUCCAUCCUGCUUGCGUAUUCCAGAACUAAAGCUCACUGGACUGGGGUCCCGUCUAGCCAGGCCACCUUUGUUAACAAAGACUUUUGGAAGAUGGAUUUAUCACAGUACCACAACGUGACAGCCUUUCUUGCUCCAGCAGUGAUGGAAGCACUUUCUGAGAAGUUGAUAAAGGAGCUACCCGAUGAUGCACGUGUCAUAUCCUGUCGCUUUCCCAUUCCCAACUGGCCUCUUCAAACGUCUGUCGGCUCUGGACUGGACCAGACUUUUGCUUAUGACAUCAAUACAGUGCGGUCGACGCUGAGAAAUGGUCCCGGUGUGGUGGUGGAGUCACGCUGAAUUUAAUGUCUCAGUGUGAGGAAACAGUUUUUCCAGUUCGAGCAAAUGAGAACGUCACAGACUGAUGUCUUGUGCUUUGGAUUUUCUGAUGGACAUUUAGAAUGUAAGGG